UUUAAUUUCUACUGUAUUAUACUUCAAAAAAAAAACCCCUGCGCAGCAGCCCGGAGUGGAAGCCGCCUCCAUCUCAACGCUUCGAAGUUCCCAUUCAGAUUUUAGACUCAAAUCGAAAGCCCUCGCUCACCGUCACCUCGCAUCCUCUUCGGCCUGCCCAGAAUCCCAAAACCCCUCCCCAGUUUAUGCAAUUUUCAGAGGCUUGCUUUCUUGAAAAAACUAGGAUAUUCAGACAUGGCAAGCCAAGCAGCUACUUCUUUCAAUGGCAACAUGAAGAAAGCACUUGCUGGCUUGAGACGCAUCAAUUUGGAAGGUCUGAGGUGGAGAGUGUUUGAUGCCAAAGGCCAGGUUCUUGGGAGAUUGGCAUCUCAAAUAUCUACCGUAGUUCAAGGCAAGGACAAGCCAACAUAUGCACCAAAUCGAGAUGAUGGGGAUAUGUGUAUUGUGCUUAAUGCUAAGGAUAUCUGUGUCACUGGAAGAAAACUCACUGAUAAAUUUUAUCACUGGCAUACUGGGUAUGUUGGAAACCUCAAGGAAAGAAGUUUGAAGGAUCAGUUGGCCAAAGACCCUACAGAAGUCAUUCGGAAAGCUGUAUUGCGCAUGCUUCCAAGAAACGAACUGCGUGAUGAUAGAGAUAGGAAACUGAGAAUUUUUGCUGGAGAUGAACACCCUUUUGGCGACCGCCCACUUGAGCCCUAUAUCAUGCCACCUCGAAAUGUAAGAGAGCUGCGUCCUCGUGUAAGACGAGCCAUGAUUCGAGCACAGAAAAAGGCUGAACAACAAACAAACGGCAACAAUGAGUCAAGGAAAAGUAGAAAGAAAGAAGAGAAGGUAGAAGUAAUUGCGUAAACAGGAGUAGAUUCCUUCUGUUCUAAUGGAGUUUGUGUGGAUCAUUAGCCAUGGAAGAUCUGAAGUAGUUUUGAAUUCCAUUUAAUUGCAUAAGGUUAUAUCAUUUGUAAAGAUUUGAUGUCAUGUUUGUUCAAAGCUUGGAUUUCCAUGGGAACUUAUUUAACUCCUCUGUCCAGAUUUGUAGCUUUUUCCUAAGAUUUAUUUAUUUAUCAAUCUUGAGCUAAA